AGUUACCCAGCACUACAUUAACAUUAUCACACAAUUAUUACAUAGGUUACUACUUUACCAGCACAAUCAAUAACUGUAAUCCAAUAAUGCCACACAUUGUUUGUGUGUGUGUGUGUGUGUGUGUGUGGAAAGUACCGAGCUAACUACCUUAUUUUAGUUAUUUUCCCAUUGGACCAUGCCUCACACAGCUGACAGAGGUUGCGAAACGUCUUCAAACCCAAGAAGAAGAAGGCAAGAAGUUUCACUCCUGGCUACCUCCGAUUUCGCUUCAACCCCCGUUGCACUUUAAUGAAGUCUCUCCAUUUCUGGGAACUCAAUGUAUUUUAAGCACACCUCUUGUAUUGCACUUUUUAUGGAACGUUACAAUAGAACGUUAGAAUGGAACGUUAAAAUAGAACGUUACGGAUGAACAUUAUAAAUUCGAAUAACCGUUAAGAGCUAGAGAGCUACUUAGCUUAACGUUAACGGUUCCAAGCUUUAGUUUUAGAAGAACAAAAACACGAAUAACGGGGUGAUUUAGCGGACAUAAAGUUACAUAAACACCAACCGAACCCGUACAAGCGUUUCUAACGGUUAUUUCUCAAAAACGAACGUGCCAUUCUUCCGUUAUCUUGAGAGCAGCCGGGUGAUUCUUUUUUUGGUCAUCGGAACCGGGGGGCGUGUCGUGACCCCGCGGUGGGUGAUGCCGAUCUCCGAGGAAAGUAAACACACCAUUCCGCCAAGAUGGCUCCGCUCUCCCUGUUCCGAGUGGCACUCCUGGUGUCAUUUUCAGUGUUUCUGACGGUGGUGUUGGGUUUGGGGCUGCCUGCCCUGCUGAACGCAGCCAUGAAGAUGGUGGGACUACCGGAGACCAGUGUCACCGAGUGCAUAGUUGUGCUGUAUUUACUUUUUGUGCUGUAUAUUGCGACACCUCGAAUUCCCAGAGGACUGGUGGAGGUGAAGGGGAAAGCUGUGUUUGUUACAGGUUGUGACACUGGAUUUGGUCAUGCACUUGCCAAGCAUCUGCACAAGCUUGGAUUCACGGUGUUUGCUGGAUGUCUUCUGAAGGAUACAGGUGGAGAGGGUGCAAAGGAACUGGAGGAAUUUCAUUCAGAUCGCAUGAAGGUAGUCCAGCUGGAUGUGUGCAGCGAGCAGCAGGUGAACCAGGCUGUGGAGUAUAUCAAAGACAACCUAGCUGACUCAGAGAGAGGUCUGUGGGCUGUUGUGAACAACGCUGGUUUGUCAACGUUUGGAGAAGUAGAGUUUACUACCAUGGACACCUACAAGCAGGUGUCAGAGGUCAACCUGUGGGGCACUAUCCGGGUCACCAAAGCUGUUCUGCCAUUGAUCCGCAGGGCCAAAGGCCGCGUUGUGAACCUGGCCAGCAUGUACGGGAGGAUGGGAAAUGUGUUGCGGUCGCCUUACUGUGUAUCAAAAUACGGCGUGGAAGCUUUUUCUGAUUGCCUUCGCUAUGAGAUGAAGGCCUGGGGAGUAAAAGUGUCCAUAAUUGAACCGGGGAACUUCAUCGUGGCCACCGGCAUUCUGACCCGUGACAUUGUGGCCAGCACGGCCAAUAAGCUGUGGAACGAGGCACCCUCGCACGUGAAGGAGGAUUACGGGAAGGCCCACUUUGAGCAACAAAUGGCUCUGAUGCGCUCCUAUUGCAACAGCGGGCAGAAGGAGGUGGCCCCGGUUCUGGAUGACAUCACUGACGCCAUCAUGUCCAAGCGUCCUUACACGCGAUACAACCCCAUGGAGCCGCACUGGUGGAUCAGAGUGCAGCUGAUGACCCAUCUGCCCGGCGUCAUAUCCGACUUCCUCUAUUUCUAGAAGAGAAGGUGUUCCUGUGCUAGCUCCCUUCGUUUCACCCCCCCCCCCC